AUGGCCGAAGGGGCGGAGUUGUGGAUCGGUGACAGGCCUGUAGAGAACAACAGUUAAGAUGUCAUGGGAGCAGGUGCCGUAGACAGUGCGGGCGUGCACCCAGGAGGCCGGCGUUCAGUACAGGGGUCUUGCGGUUUUCUCCCUCUGCCUGUUAUCUCAGUUCCAGAAGCGGUACUGCAUGCCAGACCCUGACAAGUGUUUUAUGUGGCAGAUGACUUAUCCGCCGCGGGCUCAUCUGCUUGGUCGCUUACUUUACACAACAUGAGCGGGCAGCGGGUUGAUGCCAAGGUGGUGAUGCUGGGGAAGGAGUCGGUGGGGAAGACCAGCCUGGUGGAGAGAUAUGUCCAUCACCGCUUCUUGCAAGGACCAUACCAAAACACUAUUGGGGCAGCAUUUGUUGCCAAGGCUUUAAGUGUUGGAGGCCGUAAUGUGACAUUGGGAAUUUGGGAUACUGCAGGCUCAGAACGUUAUGAGGCUAUGAGUCGCAUUUAUUAUCGGGGAGCUAAAGCUGCUAUUGUCUGCUAUGAUCUCACAGACUGCAGCAGUUUUGAAAGGGUAAAAUUUUGGGUAAAUGAGCUGCAGAACUUCAAAGAGCAUUGCCGGAUAUACAUUUGUGGAACAAAAAGCGACUUGGUCGAAAACGACAAGAGUAUGAGACAAGUGGACUUCCAUGAUGUGCAGGAUUAUGCAGAUGAGAUUAAAGCUCACCUCUGUGAAACAUCUAGUAAAACUGGACAAAGUGUAGAUGAACUUUUUCAGAAGGUCGCAGAAGACUAUGUGAAUUAUAGUAAUUUCCAAGUCCAAACAGAGCCAAAAGGAGUGGACCUGGACUCUAGGAGAGACUUGACAUCUUAUGCCUGCUGCCAUCACUAGAGAAGAAUGAGCCCAUGUCCUUUACAUCUCUUGACUGUCUUUGUGAUUUAUAUAUAUAAAAUUUUCUUUCUUCUUUAAAGUA